GAAACUUUUGAGCUGCUCCCAUUCUCUCUCUCUCCUCCUUAUCUCCAAAAAUCCCCAAAAGUUUUGUAUUUUUAAUCGAAGAAUCCUAACAACCAUCAUCUUCACCAUGCUCUCUCUUCCUCCGCCUUCCACCUCCGCCUCCUCCCGGAAAUCCUCUCAGACCCUUAUGUAGCGCUUUGAUUUCGAAAAAUCUGUAGGUUUAUACAGCUUCUCUUGCUUCCAAUGGCGUCAACGCCGCCACACUGCUCGAUCACAGCCACCAAACCUUAUCAGAACAAUCCUUACCCUCAAAAUCAGCUUAAGAACCAUCGUCCCAGCCUCCAUCCACCUAGAUACCACCGUCCAUGGGCUCCGCAGCGUUUCUCCCCUUCUCCACUCGGCGGCGGAACCAAAGGCAGAGGCAGUGCUCCUUCGCCGUCUUCCUCUUCCUCCGCCGCCGUCGCCGCCGCUGCUGCGACUACUGCCUCCGGUCAGUUAUCGCAGGCUUCUCCUCGUUUCCCUGCUUUAUCUCCUCUGCAGACCCCGAAAUCAGAUCUCUCCCCUGAUUUCGCCGGCCGUCGUUCGACCCGGUUCGUCUCUAAGAUGCACUUUGGCCGGCCCAAAACCGCCAUGGCGUCACGGCACAGCUUGGUCGCAGAGGACGCGCUUCAUCACGCUAUCCAGUUUUCCGGGAACGACGAAGGGCUUCAGAAUCUACUGUUGAGCUUCGAGUCUAAGCUCUGUGGCUCCGAUGAUUACACUUACAUACUCCGUGAGCUUGGAAAUCGAGGUGAGUUCGAGAAAGCUGUUCGCUUUUAUGAAUUCGCUGUUAAACGAGAGAGGAGGAAGAACGAGCAAGGGAAGCUAGCUAGCGCCAUGAUAAGCACUCUCGGUAGAUUAGGUAAAGUGGGUAUUGCAAAGAGGGUUUUUGAAACUGCUUUAGCUGAUGGGUAUGGAAACACAGUGUAUGCCUUCUCGGCUAUAAUCAGCGCCUAUGGACGAAGUGGGUAUCACGAAGAUGCCAUUAAGGUCUUUAGCUCCAUGAAAGGUCACGGCUUGAGGCCAAAUUUGGUUACCUACAAUGCUGUGAUUGAUGCGUGUGGUAAAGGAGGGAUGGAGUUCAAGCAAGUAGCAGAGUUUUUCGAUGAAAUGCAGAGAAACAGAGUGCAACCGGAUAGGAUAACUUUCAACUCUUUGCUAGCUGUUUGUAGUCGAGGAGGCUCUUGGGAGGCAGCUAGGAAUCUCUUUGAUGAGAUGUUGAAUAGAGGAAUCGAGCAAGAUAUAUUUACGUAUAAUACCCUUUUGGAUGCCAUCUGCAAAGGAGGCCAGAUGGAUUUGGCUUUUGAGAUCCUGGCGCAGAUGCCCGCAAAGAAUAUCAUGCCAAAUGUUGUAACUUAUAGCACUGUGAUUGAUGGCUAUGCUAAGGCCGGUAGGUUUAAUGACGCUCUUACUCUGUUUGGGGAGAUGAAAUAUCUUGGUAUCCCAUUGGAUAGAGUUUCGUACAACACAUUGGUUUCGAUCUAUGCUAAGCUCGGGAGAUUUGAAGAAGCUUUGGAUAUUGUUAAAGAAAUGGCAGCUGCUGGGAUUAGGAAGGAUGCUGUGACUUAUAAUGCUCUUCUGGGUGGGUAUGGGAAGCAUGAGAAAUAUGAUGAAGUGAAGAGUGUUUUCGCUGAGAUGAAACAAGAGCGGGUGUUGCCUAAUUUACUGACUUAUUCAACCUUAAUAGAUGUGUAUUCGAAAGGGGGCUUGUACAAAGAGGCAAUGGAGAUAUUUAGGGAGUUUAAGAGUGUUGGUCUAAGAGCUGAUGUUGUGUUGUAUAGUGCAUUAAUUGAUGCUUUGUGCAAAAAUGGGUUGGUGGAGUCGGCUGUUUCUUUGCUAGAUGAGAUGACAAAAGAAGGAAUCAGCCCAAAUGUUGUAACUUACAACUCCAUGAUUGAUGCCUUUGGUCGAUCUGCAACUACGGAAUGUUUAGCUGACAUUAACGAAGGUGGAGCCAAUGGCUUAGAAGAAGAUGAAUCUUUCUCUUCCUCUUCCGCUUCUCUUUCUCAUACUGACUCAUUGUCUCUGGCUGUCGGAGAAGCUGACUCUCUAAGUAAGUUGACUAAAACAGAGGAUCAUCGGAUUGUAGAGAUCUUUGGGCAAUUAGUCACUGAGGGAAAUAACCAAAUAAAGAGAGACUGUAAGCAGGGUGUGCAGGAGCUCUCCUGUAUAUUGGAAGUCUGUCAUAAAAUGCAUGAGCUGGAAAUAAAACCGAAUGUAGUAACCUUCUCUGCUAUUCUAAACGCCUGCAGUCGCUGCAACUCAUUUGAAGAGGCUUCAAUGCUACUAGAAGAGCUCAGGCUGUUUGAUAACAAGGUAUAUGGUGUAGCUCAUGGACUUCUCAUGGGUUAUAACGAGAAUGUUUGGAUCCAAGCUCAGAGCUUAUUUGAUGAGGUUAAGGCAAUGGAUGGAUCAACCGCUUCUGCCUUCUACAAUGCUCUAACCGACAUGCUUUGGCACUUUGGUCAGAAACGAGGAGCGCAAUCGGUGGUGCUUGAGGGAAGACGUAGGAAAGUUUGGGAGAAUGUUUGGUCUGAUUCUUGCUUGGAUUUGCAUCUCAUGUCUUCUGGUGCUGCACGUGCAAUGGUCCACGCGUGGCUUCUAAACAUACGCUCCAUUGUCUACGAAGGUCACGAGUUGCCAAAACUCCUAAGCAUAUUGACAGGUUGGGGAAAGCACAGCAAAGUGAUGGGAGAUGGGACGCUAAGGCGAGCAGUGGAGGCGCUAUUGAGAGGCAUGGGAGCUCCGUUCCAUGUAGCUAAAUGCAAUGUGGGACGGUUCGUAUCGAGCGGUUCGGUGGUUGCAGCCUGGUUAAGAGAAUCAGGCACACUCAAGGUCUUGGUCCUCGAGGAUCACAAACACGAAGAAGCAUCUCUUCCUCUUUCCUUGUAGGCUUGUAGCUGUUUUCUGUAUUGUUGUGAUGAAAAUCAUGUCUUUUGUAACAUAAGUUGGGGUCUGUAAUAUUUUUUGAAUAGCUAUUAACCAACAUAAAUGAUGCAUAAAUAUUUUUAUCUUCCCUUGAAACUA